UCGCGAUACGUGGCUGAGGGGGCGGGAUUGCCGCAGUGCCCGGCGUGCUCGCCUCUGGCAGGAGAGUGGGGAUGUCCGCGCGGGAGUCAGGUUGCGCUGCCUGAGGUGCUUCUCAGCGCUCUCGCCAACCCCGCCGCCGUCCUCCGCAGCCAUGGCCGGCUGCUUAGGCUGCGAGCCCCCGCGCUGAGGAAGUGCCGCCGCCGCCGCCGCCCAUCAUGAGGAAGGGCCGCUCCCGGGGGGACAAAGCGGGGCCCUCCGCUCUUCAGGUCCCCAGGAGGAUGGAGCAGCCCGUCCGGGGCCCCGUAGACGCGGCGGGUCCUAGGAAGGAGGCGGAAGAAGCGGGUCGGGCUGGAGCAGCCUGCAGGGAACCGCCCGAGAAGAAUCUUGCAGCGGAACCAAUUACUUUGCGCUGCAGAAAGCUUAGUAACCCGGACAUAGCUGGUUCAGCUGGCAAAAGUAAGAUCCAUCGUCAACUGAGUCAAGAUGACUGCAAGCUUCGGAGAGGUAGUUUGGCCAGCUCAUUGUCAGGAAAGCAGUUGCUUCCUUUAUCCACUAGUAUGCACAGUGGAGUGGGCCAGUCAGCGUGGCAGCCAUCUGGAGAAUCAUCCAAUUUGGUGCGCAUGAGGAACCAGUCAUUGGGACAGUCCGCUCCUUCACUUACAGCUGGAUUGAAGGAACUUAGUCUCCCUAGAAGAGGAAGUUUAAUCUCCUCUCCUUUCCUUUCCCACUGCCGAGGAAGUGAUGGGCACCAGCAUGUGUUCUCUCCUACAUCUGCUCCAGGUCUGCAACAUCUUAAAAUACCAUUUAGUGCUGAUUGUGCCCUUGCUACAUCUCCUCUAGUGUUUUACCUCAACCCACAACCUCAGAGCAACCCUGGUAGCCCUUGCUACAGCAACCCACUUCAGUGGAGUUGUAGGACCAGUAAUAGAAAGAGCUUGAUCGUAACCUCCAGCACAUCUCCAACACUUCCUCGACCACAUUCUCCACUCCAUGGCCAUGCAGGUGGAAGUCCGUUGGACAGUCCCAGAAAUUUCUCCCCAAAUGCACCCUCUCACUUUUCCUUCGUUCCUGCCCGUAGCCAUGGACACAGGGCAGACAGGACAGACGGGCGUCGUUGGUCCCUGGCCUCCCUCCCCUCAUCUGGAUAUGGAACAAACACUCCCAGUUCAACAGUUUCAUCAUCCUGUUCAUCUCAGGAGAAGCUGCACCAACUGCCUUAUCAGCCAACACCAGAUGAACUCCAUUUCUUGACAAAGCACUUCAGCACAGAGAGCAUCACUGAUGAGGAAGGGCGGCAUUCCCCAGCAAUGCGCCCCCGAUCUCGCAGCCUCAGUCCUGGCCGUUCUCCAGUGUCCUUUGAUAGUGAAAUAGUAAUGAUGAACCAUGUAUACAAAGAAAGAUUUCCAAAGGCCACAGCCCAGAUGGAGGAACGGCUGGCCGAGUUUAUUGCAUCCAGCGCACCAGAGAACGUGCUACAGCUAGCAGAUGGGGUCCUAAGUUUCAUUCACCAUCAAGUUAUUGAAUUGGCCAGAGACUGCUUGGAUAAAUCACGUGAAGGACUUAUUACUUCUCGGUACUUUUAUGAGUUGCAGGAAAACCUUGAGAAGCUCCUGCAAGAUGCUCACGAGCGAUCAGAGAGCUCAGAAGUGGCAUUUGUUACCCAGUUGGUGAAGAAGUUGAUGAUAAUCAUUGCACGGCCAGCACGAUUGCUAGAAUGUCUGGAGUUUGAUCCUGAAGAGUUCUACCAUCUGCUAGAAGCUGCUGAAGGCCAUGCCAAGGAAGGAGAAGGAAUUAAAUGUGACAUCCCUCGUUAUAUUAUUUGCCAGCUGGGACUCACCAGGGAUCCCCUGGAGGAAAUGGCCCAGUUGAACAGCUUUGAUAGUCCAGACACUCCAGAAACAGAUGAUUCUACUGAGGGAAAGAGUCGGGGAGCCACUGUGCAAGCCAAGAAAACUCCAUCUGAAGAGGAAUUUGAAACAAUUAAGCUAAUCAGCAAUGGUGCAUAUGGUGCAGUGUUCUUGGUGCGCCACAGAACUACCCGUCAGCGCUUUGCUAUGAAGAAGAUCAAUAAGCAUAAUCUCAUUUUGAGGAACCAAAUUCAACAAGCUUUUGUGGAAAGAGACAUACUAACAUUUGCAGAGAAUCCCUUUGUUGUGAGCAUGUUCUGCUCUUUUGAAACCAAGAGGCACCUAUGCAUGGUUAUGGAGUAUGUGGAAGGAGGUGAUUGUGCAACUCUCUUGAAGAAUAUUGGAGCUUUACCUGUUGAUAUGGCAAGAAUGUAUUUUGCAGAAACUGUUCUGGCACUGGAAUAUCUCCACAAUUAUGGCAUCGUCCACCGUGACCUAAAGCCUGACAAUCUUCUCAUAACAUCGAUGGGUCACAUCAAGCUGACAGACUUUGGCCUCUCUAAAAUUGGCUUAAUGAGCUUGACAACCAACCUAUAUGAAGGACACAUUGAGAAAGAUGCCAGAGAAUUCUUGGAUAAGCAGGUGUGUGGGACUCCAGAAUACAUUGCUCCAGAAGUGAUCUUGCGGCAGGGUUAUGGAAAGCCUGUGGAUUGGUGGGCCAUGGGAGUAAUCUUGUAUGAGUUUCUCCUUGGCUGUGUUCCUUUUUUUGGCGACACACCGGAAGAAUUAUUUGGACAAGUUAUCCAUGAUGAAAUUGCCUGGCCAGAAGGAGAUGAUGCUUUACCACUGGAUGCGCAGGACCUCAUCGGUAAACUUCUCCGACAAAAUCCUAUGGAAAGGCUGGGAACAGGGAGUGCUUUUGAGGUGAAGCAACACAGAUUCUUCAAGGAUUUAGACUGGAAUGGAUUACUCCGACAAAAGGCAGAAUUUAUUCCACAGUUAGAAUCGGAAGAUGACACAAGCUACUUUGACACUCGCACCGAGCGAUAUCAGCAUUUAGAUUCUGAGGAAGAGGAUGACACAAAUGACGAUGAUCAUGUAGAACUUAGGCAGUUUUCCUCGUGUUCACCAAGGUUUAGCAAGGUGUACAGCAGUAUGGAACGCCUUUCCAUCCAUGAAGAGAGGAAAACGCCGCCGCCUACCAAGCGUAGCCUGAGUGAGGAAAAAGAUGACAGACUAGAAAGCCUUGGCCUGAAGUGUCGAGACCGCAGCUGGGUGAUUGGGUCCCCUGAAAUACUGCGUAAACAUCUCUCAGUGUCUGAAUCCUCUCACACAGAGAGUGACUCCAGUCCACCUCUGACUGUCCGUCGGCGAUGCUCUGGGCUUCUUGACAUGCCCCGCUUUGCCAUUUCAGCUGAGGAAGAAGGUAAAAAGAAACAGCUGGAUGGGACACAGCCACGGGAAAGCCACCCUCUUCCAAUUCCAGAACAACCUGUGGAGCGAGAGCUACAACUGGAUGAUGAGGAUGGGUUAAAAACACCCUCUUCAACUGUCAGUAAUAUGAGCAGCUCAACACUGACAGCUGGAAGCACUACAGACUUCUCUGAUCAGUGCACUCGCAGUAAUAGCAACGAGGGCCCAGAGUUUACUACUCCUAAAGCCACAAGUGACUUGGCAGUGCGGCGAGCCCGACAUAGGCUACUCUCUGGGGAGUCUGGGGAAAAACGGACCACACGUCCUGUUAAUAAAGUGAUUAAGUCAGCAUCGGCCACAGCCCUCUCUCUCCUAAUUCCUUCAGAUCACCACACGUGUUCUCCAUUGGCUAGUCCAAUGUCACCUCAUUCUCUCUCCUCCAAUCCAUCUUCAAGAGACUCAUCUCCAAGCCGGGACUUUUCUCCUGCUGUCAUGAAUCCCAAACCACCAAUCAUCAUCCACCGAGCUGGGAAGAAAUACGGCUUCACACUUCGUGCUAUUAGAGUCUACAUGGGGAACAGUGAUGUCUACACAGUGCAACACAUGGUCUGGCAUGUAGAAGAAGGUGGCCCUGCAAGUGAGGCUGGUCUGAGAGAAGGGGACUUGAUAACCCAUGUGAAUGGAGAGCCUGUACAUGGACUGGUUCAUACUGAAGUGGUGGAGUUGGUCUUGAAGAGUGGAAAUAAAGUGUCCAUAUCUACUACACCUUUUGAGAACACAUCAAUUAAAGUCGGGCCAGCUCGGAAGGCCAGCUAUAAAUCAAAGAUGGCAAGGAGGAACAAGAAAAGCAAAACAAAAGAUGGACAGGAAAGUAAGAAGAAGAGCUCUCUGUUCAGGAAGAUUACCAAGCAGGCUUCUCUGCUUCACACCAGCAGGAGUUUGUCUUCUCUCAACCGUUCUCUGUCAUCUGGAGAGAGUGUUCCUGGUUCACCUACUCACAAUCUCUCCCCUCGUUCACCAACACAGAGUUACCGAUCUACUCCUGAGUCUGCACAUUCAGUUGGUGGAAACUCUUCUCAAAGCAGUUCACCUAGUUCGAGUGUUCCCAACUCCCCUGCUAGUUCGGGACAUAUCCGACCCAGCUCUUUGCAUGGACUAGCACCAAAGCUUCAACGGCAAUAUCGAUCUCCACGACGUAAAUCUGCAGGGAACAUUCCUCUCUCACCACUAGCUCACACUCCCUCGCCAACCCCACAGUCUACUUCGCCUCAGCGCUCCCCUUCUCCUUUGCCAGGGCAUUCAGUUGGCAGUUCAGGCAUCAUGCAAUCAUUUCCUGUCAAGUUACACUCCUCCCCACCUCUUGUCCGACAGAUUUCAAGGCCCAAGAGUGCUGAGCCGCCAAGAUCGCCUCUGCUGAAGAGAGUCCAGUCAGCUGAAAAACUUACCUCCUCUCUCUCUUCAGAAAAAAAGAUGUCGUCUUCACGCAAGCAUAGCUUGGACAUCUCCCAUUCAGAAUUCAAAAAGGAGAUGCUCCAGAGAGAUCCUGGCCUCCAAAGUUGGCAGGAAUCCAUGAGUGAAACAACUGGAGGCAAAGUUGGACUUGCAGAAAAAGGGACCCUGCAGAAACCUUCUUCCAGAAAACUGGGACCUAUUCGGCACGAUAGGGUGGAGCGAAGGGAGUCUCUACAGAAGCAGGAGGCCAUCACAGAAGUAGAUUCUUCCGAAGAUGAAACUGACGAAGGAUCAGAAGAUAGUCAAGAUGGGAAGAAAAUGGACAGGCCAGACUUCAGUAAAGACCACCAAGUUUCUGAUCCUUUCUCCGAGGAUAUGAAGCAUUCUUCCAAGUUGGAAAGCAAAGACAGUAUGGAGGAUGAUGCGUUUCUUCCUGAGGAACCAAAAACCACCAGUUUGCAGAAAGGGGCAGAUCAACACCAACCAAAGGAUGUUGCAAGGACACCACUGGCCGGUAUAGAUGAGUCACAAUCUGAAGUUUGUGUGAGAACUUCUCCUAUUGAGAAAUUUGGUGACUGUGAAGCAGUUAAGCUAACAGAUUCUGAAACCCCAUCAGAGUCAGGACAAGGCAACACUCUCAAACUUGCUAAUCAGAAAUGUGCCUGUUUCGAAGAUGCCGAGGACCCUAAAAAAACUCUGAUUAUCCAGGAAAGCAUAGACUGCCCAGAGCAGGUGAAGUGCCUACCAGUGAGAUAUCUGCAGCUCGGUCAAGGUGACUGUUCAGGGCUGGCAAGUGGCAAAGAUAACCUGAAGGAAUUUGCUUCUACAGAAACUACUUAUAUGUUGUCUCAUGAUAUUAUGCCUUUGUUAGCACUUUCUUCUUCUUCAACUUGCACAACUAGCACAAGCUCUCUUCCACUAAUAAGCCAAAUGGACUGCAAAGAUGCACCUCAGAAACAGGAAGCCCAGUAUGUCAAGGAAAGCACCAGUAUUCCGAACCUGACAAGCAGUGGCAAAACAUCUGCACAAAGGUCUCCUGAUGCUGAAGAAUCACAAGGUUUGUCAUCUGCAGCAUUAGUUUCAAAACACAAAAGUCAUACAAGUGAUACAAACUUAAAUUGUCAUAUAGGAAGACCAAGUCUCACACUUGAUGCCACAGCUGAAAAUGGAAAAUCAGUUUGCCCAGUUCCUUUAGCAAUAAGUGCAAAAGGCAUGUUGGGCCCAGGAAAUAUUAACGUAUCUGGCUCAAGAGAACUAGAAAGAACAAGAGAAGAGUUCCCCCAGAAGGAACUGUUUCAUAUGAAAGAGAGUAUGCCAAAGGAAGAAAUGCCAGAAACACUAAAGGAAGGCCCAGCCCCAGUAACAGCCAAACCUUUCAGCAUAGGUAGUCUCAUUAAAAUAUGUGGUUCCCAUAUUGGGUUCGAAAGCUUAGCAGAGUCUUUGGAGCCAGAGUGUUCAGUGGGACCAAAAGAGAAGCCAGGGACUGGUAAUUCUAAGGUACCUGAAAUUUUGGAGGACAGGUGGCAUUUGCCUCCACCUGAAAAACAGGCAGAUGGCACAGCAAGGCAGAGCACAGGGGUUUCUUCUGGACCAGAUUGUAGCCAGAAUUCCAAAAAGGAGACUGCUCUGAUGCCAGGAGAAAUCGGAGAGGCUGGAGGUCAAUCACAAACAAGAGAUUUCCUGUUGUCAGAUGUUGACAUCGUGAAGAAAACAUAGCAACAUAUCUACAUUCAGAAGCAAAGACAACAUUAGUAGAACACAAAUAUAAAACACAAAACUUGUACAACUUUUUUGUUGAUUUGUGUUUUCACACUCAUGCCUUUUUCAUUCUUGCAAUUCUAUUUUUGUACUCUGUGUUUGAUGCCUCUUAGCAGGGUAUCUUUAAAGCAAGAUUAAAAAAUGAUUUCCAAACUCCCCCCCAAAAAAACAUUUUUGGCCCUAAAUUUGAAGCAUUCUGUUAAAUAUCUAUUUUCUUUCAAAAUUCCAGGGAAUUACAUUUGCCACAUUAGACUGCUCCCUUGGAAAUGGCACAUUUUGAGCACAAAUUCCAAAUUUUAGUCCUUGUUUCCAAAAUUUUAGGUCAUGUCUUUUAAGUUGGCAAGGAUUAAAAUAAACAUUUUUGAUGGCA